CGCCUUCGCAUUUGCCCAAAACCGUCUCCUGUCCUACUCUGCUAUCUUUGAGUCUUUCUCCUGGACGUCGACUGCUCCGUCCUGACCAGCACGCGUACUUCCACCCCUGCCCUGCACUCUGACCCAGACUGAGUCACUUCGUCCCGCCUGUCGUCCGGAAUCAAAGUUCUCCAACUCCCGUAUAAAAAGGCCUGGAGAACUGAACGUAGCAGGACUCCAGAGGCUCUGCGGUCUGCAGAUAACCCCUUUACCUGAGUCAUGGCACUUCUCAUGAAAGGCCAAGUGUGUGUGGUAACUGGUGCUUCCAGGGGUAUUGGCCGUGGCAUUGCCCUGCAGCUCUGCCAAGCAGGUGCCACGGUUUACAUAACUGGCCGCCGUGAGGACACCCUUCGGGUCGCUGCUGAGGAGGCACGAUCCCUUGGUGGCCAGUGUGUGCCUGUAGUGUGCGAUUCAAGCCAGGAGAAUGAAGUGCGAAGCCUAUUUGAGCGGGUAGCUCGGGAACAGAAUGGGCGUCUGGAUGUGCUGGUCAAUAAUGCCUUUGCUGGGGCUCAGGCAAUCCUGAACGCCAACAGUAAGGCAUUCUGGGAACUUCCUGCCUCUAUUUGGGAUGAUAUCAACAAUGUGGGGCUCAGAGGCCACUACCUGUGCUCAGUGUAUGGGGCCCGGCUGAUGGUACCAGCUGGCCGGGGGCUUAUCGUGGUCAUCUCCUCUCCCGGGGGUCUUCAGUACAUGUUCAACGUCCCCUAUGGUGUGGGCAAAGCUGCGUGCGACAGACUGGCUGCUGACUGUGCGCACGAGCUGCGGCGCCACGGAGUGAGCUAUGUAUCUCUGUGGCCAGGGUUGGUGCAGACAGAACUGCUGCAGAAUUAUAUGGCAGAGAAGGGACAAUCUGAGGAUCCUCUGCUCAAUGAGGUGAAAAAAUUUUUCCCAGGAGCAGAAACCACAGAAAUGAGUGGCAAAUGUGUGGUGGCGUUGGCAACAGACCCCAACAUCCUGAACCUGAGUGGGAAGGUGCUGCCGUCAUGUGACCUUGCUCGACGCUAUGGCCUAAAAGACGUGGACGGCAGCCUUGUUC